GAGACUACAACAACAACGUCUCUCGCUGUGUUCGGGAGCAACAUCGUCAGCUAUGGCCGCUACUGCUUUCACUGCGGCCCGUGUGCCUACCGCGGCCUCUCUCCAGGACCUUCAAGAUUGUGGGUCAACGUUUUAAGCUGGAUUAGCCAAAUUGCUGCAGUUUGCUGGCGCUGUCUAAGUGGGUUUUGAGCUUCACGAAGAGCCUGGGAGAUCUGGAAACCACGUGUUAUUGCAAGUCAUGGAUGGUUGCUUCAGGAAAUGCUUCUCCUGAGCCAUCUCCAUGCAUUUGUGCAGAUUGCGGGAUCCAAUGGACUCGCGGAAUUCUCCGGGAUGAAGAGCGUUAAUUGUGUUACCUUCGAAAAACGCUCCGAUGAUCUCUCUACUAUCGUCGCUGCUCAGACCGUUGUGGCCGCCAGCUCCGGAGCCAGCAGGGCCGUCACCGAGGCCAAGAUCAAGGUUGCCAUCAACGGAUUCGGACGUAUCGGACGCAACUUCAUCCGCUGCUGGCACGGCAGGAAGGACUCUCCCCUCGACGUCGUCGUGAUCAACGACACGGGAGGUGUGAAGCAGGCGUCUCAUCUGUUGAAGUAUGACUCCAUGCUCGGCACCUUCAACGCAGACGUUAAGGUUGAGGGCAACGAUGCCAUCAGCGUGGACGGAAAGGUGAUCAAGGUGGUGUCCGACAGGAACCCUCUGAACCUGCCAUGGGGCGAGAUGGGCAUCGACCUGGUGAUCGAGGGAACCGGAGUGUUCGUGGACGAGGCGGGCGCCGGCAAGCACAUCCAGGCGGGAGCGAAGAAGGUGUUGAUUACGGCGCCCGGAAAGGGUGCGAUCCCGACGUACGUGGUGGGCGUGAACGAGCAGGACUACAAGCACUCGGACGCGAUCAUCAGCAACGCAUCGUGCACGACGAACUGCCUGGCGCCGUUCGUGAAGGUGUUGGACGAGAAGUUCGGGAUCAUCAAGGGCACAAUGACGACGACCCACUCGUACACGGGUGACCAGAGGCUGUUGGAUGCGUCGCACCGUGACUUGAGGAGAGCGCGUGCCGCAGCUCUGAACAUCGUGCCGACGUCGACGGGAGCCGCGAAGGCGGUGGCGCUGGUGCUGCCGAACUUGAAGGGGAAGAUCAACGGAAUCGCGCUGCGAGUGCCGACGCCGAACGUGUCGGUGGUGGACUUGGUGGUGCAGGUGGAGAAGAAGACGUUUGCGGAAGAGGUGAACCAGGCAUUCAGGGAUGCGUGCGAGACGGAGCAGCUGAAGGGAGUGUUGGCGGUGUGCGACGAGCCGUUGGUGUCGGUGGACUUCAGGUGCACGGACGUGUCGUCGACGGUGGACUCAUCGCUGACGAUGGUGAUGGGAGACGACAUGGUGAAGGUGGUGGCAUGGUACGACAACGAGUGGGGAUACUCGCAGAGGGUGGUGGACUUGGCGAACCUGGUUGCGGAGAAGUGGCAGUAGAAGGAUGGCGUGGAGAUGGAAGCGAUCCGAUGCGGUCCCAGUGGCGGUGGCGGUGGCGAUGGGUGUGCCGGAGCUGCGAACAGUUGGCAGCAGGCGCGGUGAGUGAGGCACCGCGGGUGUGCGGGAAAGGAGUGAGGUCGCAGUGGGAUUGUGGGGGAUGGAUCGAGCCUUGGGGGAUUGUUGUGAGAGUAGUAGAUGUUCAUCGCCAAGGUGGCGGUGAGACUCAGGAGUUCCCCGAAGGUGGCAUUGCUAAUGUACUCAUUCGUCGAGCCUCAUUCUUUCACAGCCGAGCAGCGGGAGUCAGUGGCUUGUUGGAAUUUAUUUUGUCAGAAACUGAAUACCCGAAUGUAUUGUACGCUAUGAAGCAUUAGGAAUCCAAUGCACGUCGUUGCUUCUCUAUA